GACAAUGGCGCAAGAGAUAGAGCACACCCACCUCCCCAUCCGUGGGCUCAACCUCCACGUUGCUCAAGUAGGCAAAGAUGAGCUUGGGACGGUGGUGUUCUUGCACGGCUUCCCGGAGAUAUGGUACACGUGGCGCCACCAGAUGCUGGCCGUCGCCGCCGCCGGGUACCGCGCCAUCGCGCCGGACAGCCGCGGCUACGGCCUUUCGGACCAGCCGCCGGAGGACGAGGUGGCCACCUGGGAGAACCUCGUCGCCGACGUGCUCGGCAUCCUCGACGCCCUUUCCAUCCCAAAGGCCUUCAUGGUGGGCAAGGACUUCGGCGCCAUGCCGGCGUACGAUUUCGCGCUGCGCCACCCGGACCGCACCCGCGGCGUGAUGUGUCUGGGCAUCCCCUUCAGCCCCGUGCCCAUCACAAUCGACACCAUGCCGGAGGGCUUCUACAUCCUGCGGUGGCGCGAGCCUGGGAGGGCGGAGGCCGACUUCGGCCGGCACGACGUCCGCCGCGUGGUGCGCACCAUCUACAUCCUCUUCUCCCGCAGUGAGGUCCCCGUGGCGGACGAAGGGCAGGAGAUCAUGGACCUCGCCGACCUCUCCACGCCGCUGCCGCCGUGGUUCACCGAGGAGGACCUGGACGCCUACGCCGCGCUCUACGAGAAGUCCGGCUUCCGCUACCCUCUCCAGAUACCAUACAGGGGUCUGCACCGGAUGACGAAGCACGGGGACGCCAAGUUCCAGGUGCCGGUGUUCAUGGUAAUGGGGGAGAAGGACUACUGCUUCAAGUUCCCCGGGUUCGAGGACGCCAUGAGGAGCGGCAUCAUGAACACCUUCGCUCCUGACCUCAAGAUCACCUACAUCCCGGAAGGGAGCCACUUCGUGCAGGAGCAGUUCCCGGAGCAGGUCAACGACCUGCUCCUCGGCUUCCUCAAGGACCAUCCCUGAUCCAUUUGGUCGACCCAUGAUAAUGAGAUCGGAUGUAUCCAUGAAUAAUAGCACCAUUGCACUCUGCUUCAACCCCCAUAUGUUUCUGAAGUAUUCUCGGUGGUUAAAGUUAUUAUUAUGUGAUGUAAUCAUGUCAUUCUGGAUGUUGAAUCCGGUUAGUCUAUCGAUUCAAGAAUAUAUAUAUAAAAAAUUCCUUUUCCUGUGAACGUA